AUGGUUGAAGACGACGUCUACAGAGCAUCAUCGCAGUAUCGAUAUUGGUCAUAUACAAAAGAGAGCCUUGCCAGGAUUCGGCAAAAUACCAACGACCUCGCCUCUGAGCGAGUGAGAGCAGCAUUCCAUCGAGCACACGCUGCGCACUCUGCACAGAAUGGAGGUUCUCACGAUGGUGCGAGUGGGGGAGAUGUCGAUGCCAUGGACAUCGAUGUCGAAGUCAAUGUUGAAACUCUCACAGUUGCCGAAGAGCUGAAGAUUGUGGAAUGGGGCUGCUCCAAAAUCAUGGCCAUGGGCGAGGCAAUGAACCCCAGGAUACCUUCGCAUAUUGUGGCUACCGCGAUACAAUAUCUCCGUCGGUUCUACCUCACCAACUCGCCCAUGACAUAUCAUCCCAAGCAGAUCAUGAUGUGUGCUCUUUACCUCGCCACGAAAGCAGAUCAUUUCUACAUCUCUCUCUCCAAGUUCGUUGCCGAACUCAACAACGUGAGCGAGGACGAUGUCAAAGCCCCUGAGUUCCUGCUUCUACAAGGGCUUCGGUUCACACUCGAUGUACGACAUCCCAUGAAAGGUCUCGCCGGCGGGCACGUUGAGAUGAAUGUCAUGGCAGAUGAAGGCCGACUGGGAGGCAUCUCGAAGUCUACAGGGUCGGCGAAGAGAAUCGGCAUUGCCGCGGACCAGGCGAAACGACUACUUGCUACGGCAGCGCAAAUGACUGAUGCCUACUUCCUCUACACGCCCAGCCAGAUCUGGCUGGCGGCAAUAAUGGUGGCAGAUAAAGAACUGGUCCAGGUCUAUCUCGACCGUAAACUCGCCGAGUUGCCGUCUAACGAAACCACGCUCCCACUCAAGCAAAAGCUUCUCUCCACCAUCUCGGCCUGCGCCUCGCUGCUCGAGUCUUACCGCGCGCCGGAGGACGACGCCACUCAACGUAAGGAGAUGGGGCGCAUCGGCAAGAAGCUGAUUAAAUGCCAGAAUCCGGAAAAGACAGACAUUGUCGCGGUUGCUAAGGCGAAGGUUGCAGAGAAGCGAGGGGGAGAAGGCAGUGAUGCGGAAAAGGCACUGAAGAAACGCAAGCUGGAGAAAGAGAGGUUCGAAAAGGAUGGAGAUGUCUUUGGUCCUGACCUGAGAAGUAUUCCCGGUUCAGGGACAGACUGA